AUGACUACCAAAUUCAGAGAGAGUUUCAAAAUCGUUGACAAAGCUCUCUUACGAUGGUUCCCAGGCCACAUGGGGAAAGGUAUGAAACAAAUGCAACAAAAAUUAAAAUCCGUUGACUGUAUCAUUGAAGUGCAUGAUGCACGAAUACCAAUUUCUGGCCGCAACCCAGAUUUUAAAUACUCUAUUUCUGGAUUAAGACCACAUAUUCUAGUAUUAAAUAAAAUGGAUUUAGCUGAUUUAAGUUAUAAGCAAAGAAUCGAAGAUAAAAUUAAAGUUAAUCAGAAUAUAUCAAACAUAAUUUAUACUAAUUGUAAAGAUUCUCUGUGUCCAGGUGUAAAGCAAGUGAUGCCGACUGCUUUAAAUCUUAUAAAAAACUCGAAUAGGUUUAAUCGAUCAGAAAAUUGUGAUUAUCGUAUCAUGGUAAUAGGUGUACCUAAUGUAGGAAAAUCGUCUUUAAUUAAUGCUAUUAGAAGUAAUAUUCUUGGGAGAAAAAAAGCAGCACCUGUUGGAGGAGUAGCAGGUAUUACUAGAGCAGUACAACAUCAAAUUAAAAUUAGCCACAAUCCAUUAGUUUAUGUACUCGAUACUCCUGGAGUAUUGUCUCCAACAAUUAUAAAUGUUGAAACGGGACUUAAACUUGCUGUAUGUGCAACAUUACAAGAUCAUCUUGUUGGUGAAGAAAUAAUUGCUGAUUACUUGUUAUAUUGGUUUAAUAAAAAUAAAAAUUUUGAUUAUGUAACAUAUUUGAAUUGUGAUGAACCUACAGAUGAUAUACGGAUAGCAUUAGCAAAAGCUGCAAUUUAUCGUCAAUCUAGUAUCAAAUAUCGAGACUUAAGUGGAUCGUAUAUUUAUCGGCCAGAUUUACAAGGGAUGGCUAGAAAUUUUUUGAACGCAUAUCGUACAGGUGUAUUUGGAAAAACACUAUUAGAUAAUGAUUUAUUGUAA